UUCACUGUGAUUAAAUAAAGUUAGGAUAUGUGGCAUAUUGCAUCGAAUGCGUAAAUAUUGUAUGGCUGAAUACUACAGAAUAUUAUAAAGAAUGAAGAAAGAUUCCAGGAAUAAGCCAAAAUAAUACAUAUGUUAUAUAGACUGUGUGUACAUUGAGUGAAUGAAAAAUUACAUUGAAUGAGUGAAGACAAACUUUGUGACCUUGACAAAGUGACUGUCAAGUCCUUUGUUGGUCACCAUGACGACGUGUCAUGCUGUGCUUUCACUUCGGAUUGGAAGUUACUCGCAACUGGAGCUGACGAUGCAACUCUGCGACUUUGGGACAUGAUCGAAAAUAAAGCUAUUCAUACCAUGGCCGCACAUACUAAGUCAAUUAAAUGUAUUUGUUUUUCUUAUAACAAUGACAAAAUAGCAUCGGGAGGAGCUGAUUGGUUGGUUUUUAUUUGGGAUGUGAAGACAGGGAUCUUAUUACAAACUUUGAAAGGUCACGUGUCGAGUGUUGAAAGCGUGUGCUUUUCCAGAAGUGCGCUGUUUGUUUGCAGUGGCUCAUGGGAUUACACUGCUGUAUUAUGGGAAUUAAAAAGUGGUUGUCCAUUGCGAAUACUGGAUGAUCAUAAGAGUGUUGUGCAGUGCUGUUGUUUUUCGCAUAAUGGCGACCUACUUGCUACAGGGUCAUGGGAUUACAAGAUUCUCUUGUACGAUAUAAAAGAAUACACUGAAAUCAGUCGAUCCCACGAUGUUGAAUCCAGUGAAAUGACCAGCUACCACGAUGUUGAAUCCAGUGAAAUCACUAGCUCCCACGAUGUUGAAUCCAGUGAAAUGACCCACUGCCAUGAUGUUGAACGAUGUGUAUCAAGAUUGGAACUAACUUCAGUCAAGCGUAACAAACGUUCUCAAAAGGCCAUGGUGCUAAAAUAUCACACAAGUAAUAUCAAAGCUGUAUCGUUCUCCUGUCAAAAUUUGCUGGCGUCAGCUUCUUGGGAUUGUAAUUUAUGUAUUUGGGACACUAAGAAAGGUGUUUGUUUGCAUGUUUUAAGUGGCCAUCUUGGAUUUGUGCAGGCGUGUGUUUUCUCUCUUAGCGGCUUCUUUUUAGCGUCUGCGUCGGAUGAUGAAACCGUGAAAAUAUGGGAUGUAGAGACAGGCCAACUUUUGAAGACUUUGGAAGCGUACACUGAUGAAAUACAUCAACUGUCGUUCACUGAAGAUGGUAAGCUUCUGUCAUCAGGACCUCAACAGGUGUCACUGUGUUUAUACUGAUGUCCACGUGACUUAGAUGAAGUGUCACAUUACUUUAAACAAUAAAGCAGUUUUUAUCUGUAUAUUAUGGUUUAAAGCUACUUUCGUCGUGACAUCAUUUCACGUGAUGUUUGGGGAGUGGUAUUUUAAUAUUUUUUCAAAGUUCUGGAAAAGCCGAUCAUGUAUUUAUAUAAUUUGUUAAAGGAUCAAAACAAAUGUUGAUUUUUGUAACAUUUACACGUACCGCGGGGUUGUGUGUUUUUAAAUUCACGCACAUAAACAAUGUUUCCAUGUUUUUUUUCUUACAUUUAAUAGAGAGGAAACGUAAUGCAGUUGUGUCAAAGAUGUCUGAUACUUUAAAAUAUUUUCCUACACUGUUCUUAACUUGUUUUUUAAUAUGGAAACAUUUUGUUCACACAUAAGUUACUUGUGUUUUUAUCGUUUAAAUUUUUGUAUUUAUUUUUUUAUUUAUUAUGAAGAAAGUUUCUGAGAAAUAAUUAUUCAUCUAACUUGAUUUAACAAAACCACACACUAAGUGUUGUUGCGUUCCCAAGAAAUAAUUUCAAGUUGUUAUGUUUUUCUGAAAACUGAAAGUAGCAUGGUUACUAUCAGAUGUUUCAUUAAAUGUCAAGUACUUAUCCGGGGGUGGUUAAUUUUUUUGUGUCUGUAUUUUUUUGUGUAUAUAUUAUUUAUAGGAUAUAUUUGACUUUUCAAAACAUGACAGAUAUAGUUAAUGUUCGAAUUUCCUGUCACCAAAAGAUUUAUUUAUUUAAAUUUGUACCUUAAAAACUUUUAGAACAAAGUGUUUUUUAAGAUCAUACCCCUGGUUUCACUUGUAAUAUUGAUCUGUUAUUCAUAACUGCAAAUACGAAAGUUGUUUAUUUGUAGAAAGUUUACUUCUGCUGUUUUUAAAAAUUAGAUGGAUGUUAUGUUCGUAUCUGUUUACAUAAAUGUGGAGUUUUUUUAAGUAAUUUUUGUCGCGCCAAUUUGUUAGCUUUCGUGGAUAUAGUACUGCUACUCACAAAUUGUUGAUAUCCUGAAAGCAGUGAACAUAUCAAUUUUUUAUUUACACGCUCUUGAUGAGUACUGGGAAAGAAGUUGUUGUUGUUGUUGCGUCGUAACAUGGCGUGCUUAGGUCUACUUUGUUUUAUCUAAUUAUAUUUUGUUUUGUUUUUACGUUUUGGUAAUAAUUGUAUAUAUUCGAAUUUCUUACAACUUUCAGAGAAGUGUGCGAUACAAAAGUUGAUGUUUUGAGAUUUCAAAAGAUGUUUUUAUUUAUUUAUUGGUAUAUGUAAAAACGCAAAGUCAAUCAAAUAUUUGAAAUCA